UCUUGAUCAUCGAACUGAACAACAAACCACCAUUGUGUCGAUCGGCAAUAUAUGAACUAAGAGGACCAAAAUCACCCAUUUCCAAUACAGUAAUCUAUCCACAAUGGACACAAACCCACCCCAAGAAGAACCCCUGCAAACCCGCCGCCGCCGCACCCGACUCGCCUGCGAGACAUGCAAGAUCCGAAAACGAAAAUGCGACGGCCAAAUGCCUUGCGAAUCGUGCAGUCGAUACGACUACCGUUGCUUUUACGACUCGCCUCCUCGAAAGAAGCGACUCUCGACCGCAGCAGCCACCGCCUCACAAGCAUUCUCGCCGCCAGUCACACUCCCGUCGCCCGGUGGUCCGCCCCCAUCAAGCUCCCUCGCCCUGGAACCCAGCAUCCAGCGCCCGACCGAGGAGAAAUCCAUGGAAGCUAACUCCGGCGUCGUGUUCCCGCAAUUACUAGGUCUAAAACUGAGCCCCGACCAUGCGAAUAACAUGCAGCAAGGGUCCGGGUGGAAUCUGGGGGUGCGGCGGAGUCCGCAUCGUUCGGAGAAGAGCAUUACGUGGAUUUUGUCCCAUGCGGCGUGGCAGCGGUUGUUGGCCGUUUAUGCUGAGAAGGUGCAUCCUGUUUAUGGGUUCUUGGACCUGGAGGGUGUCGCUGGACGGGCGGCGAGGAGAUGGGAAGAUCCGUGUGCGUCCAACGAGUAUGAUGGGGUUCUCUGUGGAAUUGCGGCGUUGGGGUCACUGUUCUCUGCGCGCUCGAAGGCGAGCGAUCAGGAGCGACAUUUGGUUGAUUGUGCUAAGGAUAUUCUGGAGAGCACGAGUACGCUGGUUGUUAAUCCGGGGUUGGAAGAUGUUGAGGGGUGGUUGUUACGGACUCUGUACCUGAGAUGUCAUAGUUCGCCUCAUGCGGCGUGGAUAGCGUCGUGUACGACUAUGCAUAUCGUUGAGGCGACGGGGUUACAUCGUGACUCGAUGCGUGGUUCGUUUGUUUAUCCUGAUGUUAAUCCGGGAUGCCAGGAGACGAAUCUGGAAUGUCGACGGAGGGUGUUCUGGAUUGCGAAGUUGCUGAAUACGUGGAUCUCUUUCGAAUAUGGUCGGUCGGAGGUUGUCAUUCGAGGGGCCCAGUGUCCGCUACCUGCGCCUAAACCUGGUGAUCCGACAAUGGGUCUUAUUUCGCUGUUUCAACUAUCGGAGAAGUUAGACCCGGACCAGACGGUCCAGGUGACAGAGCUAGAAGAGUCACUCCAGCGCAUCGAAAGUUUUGAAUUCGACUCCGACGCCGUCGUCCUCUCCCAGAGUAUCCUCGCCUUUACUAUCUACCGUCGUCUCCAAUUGCUCAACCCAAGCGCCAGCAUGACCUCCGUCGUUGACCGGGUCAUUCGCCUAGGCCGCCGAGGCCUCGCCGCUUCAGCCCGCUCAAUCAACGCCAGUUGUCCCUGGUGGCACGUCAGUAACGUCCCGUUCCAGUUCACUUGCAUCCUGCUCGCAAUGGAUACUCGUAAAUCGCUCGUCCACGUCAAGGAUUCCCUCGCUACCUUAAAAAAAGCAGCCGACCAUUUCGGCACUCAGAAAGCUCGACGAGCAUUCAAAACGAUUGACUUUCUAGUCCGGUUAUCCCAAAAACGGAAAGAACAGGACGCAGCCCUGUUGAACGAAUCCGUGGCAUCGACGGACGGUAACAUGAAGCCGGAUGGCCCUGCUGCUGAAGAACAGUGGAAUGGGUCCGUAUCUCCGUUAGCGGGCAAUGGGACGGACGAUACCUGGUCUGCAGAUACGUUGCUCAACCCGCCUGAUGCGAGUCUGUUGAAUUAUAGCUACGAUUGGGAUGUUUUUGUACGAGACGCAUUGGAUUUCUCGACUACGUUUCCGAGGCUUGCGGAGCAGGAGUAUUAAAACUUCUCUUCUUGAUAGGGUUUAUUUACAGAGUGUAAUAUGAGAAAAUGCCAAACUGGUAUGUCGAAGGGUAAUAUUUAUAUUCAGAUAUAAGAGAAAUUAUUCAGCCCAUUCGGGCUUGGAAUAUGGAUUCCUAACUCCCUC